AUGGAACGUGCCGAAGAUACCCAACUGCUGUAUUUUGGAGAAAUUCAUGAAAAAAUCAAGGUUUUUAACCUCGUAAUUGACCCGUCAUCCUGUGUUGAUGACAAACACGUGGCUAGCGUCAAGUUGAAAGUUGAUCAAAAUGGACUGUCAGUGUUUAAAGCAGAGUCUAUAAUUGAGGUACCAUUUAAAGGUUAGUUUAGCCUCAAUAAAAAGUUCAUUAUUAAACUCUGGGCUUGGCUCAAAAUCAAUACAACUGUUAAAUUGUAGAAUGGUUUAAGAUGGGAAUUUCAAAUGUGAAUUUUAUAAAUUUAUUAGACCUACAGACAGGAGUAGUUUGUGAAAAAUGCAACGAUAGACUCUCUGGCAGGAAUUGAAUCUGUGGCCCUGCGAUUCCGGUACAGCGCUCUAACCAACUGAGCUACAGAGACCAGUUGUCAAGCUCUAAAGCAAGCUGCAGGUUCGAUUACUGUCAGACAGCCUAUAGUUGCCAGAAACCUUUGUAAUUGCGCACAGAAGGUGAUUAAUAGUAGUGUCAUUUGCGCACAUUUGUACCACAGAUGCGCACAUUAAUGUGGUCCCAUUCUAGUAUAUUUCAAAUGGAAACCCUCGAUUUUCAGGUUUAAAACUGUCUGUACCAGUGUGGGUAGUACCAAUGUGAAAAUGCUGUGCUGAAUGGUUAUAUUACUACCUUAAAAAACAAGCAGAAACUUGAUGUUUCGAGCAAAGUCUUUUCGUCAAGAGUCUAAUUCUUGACGAAGAGCCUUUGCUCAAAACAUCGAGUUUCUACUUGUUUUUAAGGUAGUAUACUAUAUAACCACUCAGCACAGGAUUUUCAGGUCUGCAUGCUUUUUUCAAAAUUUUGCGCACUUUUUUAAAAAACUGCACAUAGAAUUUAUUCGCGCACAUCCCAAAGUUUCCAUACUGAUAUAGUUGUGUUUGCAUGCCUCGUUUUCAUGUAUGUAUCAUCAGUUAAAGCCCAAUGUCUCAAACAUGAAAAUGAGGCUCAAAUUAGCCAAGGUGAUGUACUUUCCAGGAGCAUGUAUAAUUUAAGAUGGCUUUUUUAAUAGUAGAUGAAAUUUUUUAACUAAAUUUAUAUCCAAAAAUGCAACUUUAGGGCAUUUGGCAAGUGUUGCUCAGCAUCUGUAGCUUGGUUGGUUAGAGCACAUACUGCACCGGAAUUGCAUUUUUUCUGAACAUUAGGUCUAAAAUUGUGUAUACAUUUUCCUUCAAAAAUUCUGUCUACUAAAAACCUGGGGCGGGUUGUUCAAAGGUGGGUUAGCGCUAACCCUGGGUUAAAAUUAAACCUGCUGUUUUAGUUUGUGUAUUUCUACACGUCUGUUUGUUUCAAAACUUCAGAGAAGUAAACUCCUAUCGAUCCAGACAAGAUCUCUGAAGAACUAUUUAAAAAUUUAUAGACAAGCUGUCAGGAAGUUUGCUUUGAAUUUUACGUUAACCUAGGGUUAAGCUAACCCAGCUUUGAACAAUCGGCCCCUGAUGGGUAAUUCCAUGGUAAUGAUGACAUUUUUUGAAGAAAAAAAGUUGUCAAGAAUUUUCAUAAGCUUUUGGAAACAAUUCUGAACUGAAAUAUUACGAUCUGCUUUAUAUGUAACAUGAGUUACAUGUAUUAUGUAGCAAUCCUUACUAUUGUAAUCCAAAAUAUAAAAUUUCUUUGUAUUGGUACAUAGUUUGCCUAACAUAUAGUCUGUUACUUGAUAGACAUUGUAUGUUUCUCCUUCCUAUGGUUCCCGAAGAAAUUCAAAAGUAGUUGGGUUGGUGUUACCUGAUCAUGUCACUUUGUCGUAACAUGAGUCACACACCAAUUUACGGCCACCAAUCUUAUCAUGUUAUAAUCAAAUGUUUAAUUUUUACUGUGAAUCAGUAGCUUCCAUCAUUUGUACCUGCAUGCAAAAAUGUGACGAAGUUGCCACAGUCUGCUUAUGGUUCUAUGUGUCAGGCAAGAGAUGCGGUACCCCAAAAUCUUGAAAUUUUUGAAAUGAGUAGAGUUCAAUUUUCCCCAUGGGUGGGAGCAAUGAAUUAUGACACAUUUGCAUGAUAAAGAAAUUUAAUUAUAUUGCCCGGAAUUUUUCUCUCAUCAAAACAAUGAUUUCCCACAGCACGAGACAAUGACUGUAGUUGCUGCAGCCGCUCUGUUAUAUGCUACAGAGCGUCAUUGCUGCUGUGGAGAUUUAAAGAAAUGUACUAACAUAGUAAUUUUUACUUGAGAUGCACUAUAACCCGCAAAUAUUAAAAUGUAAAUACAACUUUAAAUAUGUAUAUACAACAUUUGAACUUGGUAUAAUAUUUCCCUUUUCUAUAUAUAGCAUUUACCAUCAAACCAUUAUCAGCACAGACAGUGAAAAUUGUGUGAAUGACGAUGAAAAUUCAUCUCAGGCGAAGUUACAUCCCAUCCAAGAAUCUGAAAAUUGUACACAGAAUGAUUUGGUUCCAGUUCUGAUGAAGUUUGAAGAUACAAUGUAAAACAUGCAAAUGCAGAAGUGCAACACAUCAUAACAGGUAUGUAGGACAAGUCAUGGGCAGAUUUACUGGGGGGGGGGGGGGUUAAACCCCUCCUAGAAUCUCUCUAACCCCUCUCUAACCCCUGCUUCACCCCUCCUAUUUUGUGUGAAGUCUUUACCUUUAACCUUAACACCUAACCCCUGUCGAAGCUCGCUCAGUGGUGCCGCUUGCCCCCCUCCCGAAAUUUUUCUACCCCUCCUUUAAAAAAAAUGAAAAUCCGCUCUUGGGUCAAGUGAAAAAUAUACACGUAGGCUACCCCAAGUAAAAUUGCUUGGCAUUUGGCAGAGUAAAAUAAUUAGUAGAGUCAGGGCUUCAAAUUCACAGUAUCCCGAUAUCCCGGCCAUACCAGAUUUUAAAUUUGGAUACUGGAAAUCACAAGUUCAGUAUCCCAAGGGUUACUGAAAAAAAUUCUGUCCACGAGUGAUAUUUCUCGACAAAAUACUGUUGCUAGCAUGCAGAGAAGACGUGCUUCGAAAUUCAAAAUAAGAAGCACUUACAGUACAGUAUCUUGAUGCAUAUAAUUAUCUUCAGCCCAGCCAAUCUGUACCUGGCUAUCAACACAUACAUUUCACGCCACGCUGUAAAUGGAGAUAGCUUGUCUUCACACACUUGAAAUAUGUUUGCAAAAUGUUAAGAUACAUUAUAUGAACUGAGCGAACAAAGAAAUCUACUGAGACACAGAAAAUAUUAAUUGAUGAACAAGUGGAAGAAAGCUAGACCACAUAUUGAAAUAAAUGAUCAAUCAAUCGUUUUGCAAAUGUGGGAUACUAGAUUUUCUGGGUGGAUACCAGAUUUUAAGUUGCUAGUAUCCUGUUGGAUACUGCUGAAAAAUUGAAAUUUGAAGCCCUGGUAAAGUGCAUUAAGGCACAAUGGUUUCGAGUGCAAUUUGGAUAUGUAAUAUGCACAAGUGAGUUUUUCAAAGACCUCACAAUACAUUAUGACUACAUUCAAAAUUUUUAUUCUUCUAUACACUUCUCAAUCGGCAAACAAGCUCUGAGCAAGUACCUUUCACCUUUAAGAUGGUGGAUUUGAUUGUUGCUAUGGACUCAUAGAGUCUGCGAAUGCUCUGCUGAUACUCGAGAAAGUUGACAGGGUGGGUUAGGAUAAACAUUAAGUUAGGAAAGUAAUAUCACAAUUGUUGUAAAGAUAAAUAGUCUAAGCUAAGUAUGUAAUACAAGUAAGGCAGUAAGCAUAAUACUAGAUGUGAUCGGUCACUGAAAAGCCCAGAUGGGGAGUGAGCUGAAUGAUGCAUCAGGGUGUUAGCUAGCCCAUACACUGUCCGUUUGACGGACUCUUCCCAAUUGAAGUAGCUAAGGGGCUUUCCCAACUGAGUCUACUGGAAGAUUUUCAUUUUUUCUGAUGAGAAAGUGCAUUAAUUGCGUUUGAUUUUAUAUUAUUAUAUCAAAGAAUGUUUUAUUUACUUUUUCCCAUUAACUAUUUUCUCAAAAUGUAUCGCGUUUCAUUCAUAUUGCAUGGGUGUGUAUUCACUGAAAUGAAAUGUACAAAACAGAGUGUAAUCGGUUUUGCAUCACCAGAAAUGGAAUAUACAAAACGAAGUGCCAUCGGGUGCAUUUUUCAGUGUUCAUUCACCGGAAAUGAAAUGUACAAAACCAAGUUACCGUUGUUUGCAUCUAAGGAGAAACACAUUGGGAAAAAAAACACUAUUUAUUCCUACACAAGGACUUUGAUCGGUCAAAAAACUUUCACAAUUUACGUUUAACGGACAAAACUUUUUUUUCUGGCCAACACCCUGUGCAUAAUAUAUAAUAUUUGAUUCUGAUUAUUUUCAUCAUCUUUCUAUACUUUUUAUUAUUGUUAUUGUAUUUUUAUUCCUUUUUUUUGACAGAGAAUUUUCCAGAAUGUUGGAACUACCAUCAGAAAAUUGGCAGGAAUAUUUGGACAACUGGUGUUGCCAUGGUAACGAAGCUAUCACGAAGUUGAAAGAUGGUUUAGAUCCCCGAGAGCAUGAUUGUUUCUUUGGAGACUGGUAUAUACUGAUUCAUCCUCAAGCAGUUAAUACUCAGCAUGUUCACGUUGCGAAGGUAUUGAUGCAGUAGCCACAAGACAAGUCAUGUCAAUUUUUAGUUCAUUGUCUAUUGACAAAAAUCCUGACAGUGUCGAAGCCAACAAUUAAAAACCAAAACAAACUUUAUCCUGUAUUGAUCCAGUGUUACUACAGGAGGAAACCUAAACUAAACUAACUUUAUUUAUGCUGGAUAGCUCUAUCAGUCCUAAGCUGUUCUUCCUCUAGAGAGGUCCAGUAAGGAUCAUCUCUUAUUGAUCCAGUGUUACUACAGGAGGAAACCUAUUAAACUAAACUAACUUUAUUUAUACUGGAUAGCUCUAUCAGUUCUAAACUGUUCUUCCUAGAGGUCCAGUAAGGAUCAUCUCUUAUUGAUCCAGUGUUACUACAGGAGGAAACCUAAACUAAACUAACUUUAUUUAUACUGGAUAGCUCUAUCAGUUCUAAGCUGUUCUUCCUAGAGGUCCAGCAAGAAUCAUCUCUUAUUGAUCCAUUGUUACUACAAGAGGAAACCUAAACUAAACUAACUCUUCUCAUUCUGGAUAAUUCUAUCAGUUCUAAACUCUGCAUAGUUAAUUAUUUGCAUAAUUUGGUUUCUAAUUAUCAAUUAAUCUGUACUGUACAAUUCUUCUUCAGGAAAACGAAAGCAGUCAACUUUUGUGUGGACGUUGUCAGGCCACACUUGGCAAGUUAAAUUUUUCAGGUACUGCAUGUGCUAUAUUGUGUUGCUGUAUGUUUAAUUAAAAUGCUAGAAGCGGUAAAAGCAUCGGAAAGAAUUGUUUUUGGAUAUGAUGAGAAAGAAAGAAAGAAUGACAAAAUGAAUGAAAUAGACACAAAGGAAUAAAAAAGGAAACAAUGCAAAUAGUUGAACUGAGGGAGAGAGAAAUGAAUGAAUGAAAUUUACAGUGCAGAUGGCUUGGAGGACAUUGGUUCUCAGAUUUAAUCACGUGAUUUCAGCAACGUUGCAUAAUCAUCUCGAUAGCCUAUGCCGUUUAUGCUUCGUUUUCUGUUUUUACUUGAUUUGACUUAUUUUGCCGGAUUAUUGGCAGAAAAAAUUGUUCUCUCAAUAAUUUCAGAAAGGAUUUUUUCCAAGCCUGACUAAAAAUGAAAAGCCUACCAAUUAACAGAAAUGACGUGAAUUAUACUGUUGUUUUUCGUAGGUGAUGGUGCGUUAAGAAAUCAACCAUGUCAAGAUAUCAAUGACUGUGUUAGUGUUCAAUUAUACAAACACUCAAUAUCACUCUACCGUGUUCUUGAUUCUGCAUCAAAAGAUAUAUUUAAGUAAGUACCUAUUCCCGUGCCAGAUAAAUUUUAUUGUUGGAUUGUGUACUGUAUAUUGUUGUUUAAAAUCAACAUCGUUUACAUUCGUUACAGGAAUUAUGGAGAAGAAUUUUACUUGGCAAGAAAUUUUGUAACUUUGACCAAAACUCGCAUGUGUCAUAAGUUUAUUGUGAACACAACAUCGUUGACGACAAAAAGAAAAGAUUCCUCGAUUGUUUUGGUAAGAUAAUUUUCAUUAUAUUGUACAAAAUCUCUGCUUGAUCAACUUUAAUUUCAAAACCAUUGUGAAAAGCUAGUUUGAUACAGUAUAGCAGGGCGCGAAGUAACGGCCGGUCAACGGACAAUUUUCGACCAGAAUGCGGAGUUGUCUGGUCAAAUUCUUACCUUGCCGGUCAUUUUGACCGGUGCACUUUCGGCAAAAGAACAAGCUAACCAAGUUCUUGAAAACGAUUUGAAAAGGGAGUUUUGACAUUUUAAAAGGGAGUUCUGGCAUUUGAAAAUGGAGUUGAAAAUGCGGAUAGCAGUGGUCUAUAAAUCCAAGCGAUUUUUCUCUUAAAGCCGUUGUGCAUGUCAUUUGCGCAAUAUUUUGUUAAAGUAGAUCUUUUCAAUUUGUUUAGAUUUGGAUUCUAAACUCCGACACAAAAUUUGUCUCAUCAUUUUAUAAUGCAAAAUAUGGAGACGAAAGCAAAGGUAAAACGAGAAUUUAUACACAAAUUUUCUGUGUUGGUGUUAUGUUGCUUGAAAAAUAUGCCUGACCACGGUCGGAAUCGAACAUACGACCUUUGGAAUACUAGCCCAGAGUAGCAUCACAAACAUCAUAUAUUCACCUGAGUACAUAACACCAACACAGAAAAUUCAUGAUUAUUAGAUUGCAUUGAUAUCGAAGGAACUACAGUAGGCUCAGUUCCGAAAUACUUGUAUCACAUACUCGAACCGUCCUGACCACGUAGCUCAGUUGGCAGAGCAUUGGGUUAGGUAUUCCAAAGGUCGUAGGUUCGAUUCCCACCGUGGUCGGGCAUAUUUUUCAAGCUUGCCGGAGUGGAUAUACACUCAGAGUAACAUCACAAACAUCAAGUAUUACACACAUUUUUAUCUGUUUUGCAUUUCGCUUACUGCAUCAUGUACGUAUUCCCUUUGUUUAGACUCGACGAAUCUAUUCAGUGCUGUAAAAGUGCUAUAUAAAUCUUACUUGGAUCAUGAAUUCAAAAGGUACUGCAUGUGAAACCGUUCUUGUAAUUUGUUCUUCUUAUUUAUUUUGGGUGGUUCCACAGUAUCAGUUCUCACUGAUCCAGUGUUACUACAGGAGGAAACCUGAACUAACUUUAUUUAUACUAGAUAGCUCUAUCAGUUUUAAACUGUUCUCCCUAGAGGUCCAGUAAGGAUCAUCUCUUAUUGAUCCAGUGUUACCACAGGAGGAAACCUGAACUAAACUAACUUUAUUUAUACUGGAUAGCUCUAUCAGUUCUAAACUGUUCUCCCUAGAGGUCCGGUAAGGAUCAUCUCUUAUUGGUCCAGUGUUACUACAGGAGGAAACCUAAACUAAACUAACUUUAUUUAUACUGGAUAGCUCUAUCAGUUCUAAACUGUUCUCCCCUGAGGUCCAGUAAGGAUCAUCUCUUAUUGGUCCAGUGUUACUACAGGAGGAAACCUAAACUAAACUAACUUUAUUUAUACUGGAUAGCUCUAUCAGUUCUAAACUGUUCUCCCCUGAGGUCCAGUAAGCAUCAUCUCUUAUUGAUCCCGUGUUACUACAGGAGGAAACCUAAACUAACUUUAUUUAUACUGGAUAGCUCUAUCAGUUCUAAACUGUUCUCCCUAGAGGUUCAGUAAGAAUAAUCUCUUAUUCCAGCUAUGAUUUUCAAAUUUUUCGAUCUAGUUUGAAAGAUGAGUGGUAUGGCAAUGCCCAAACAGACAUCGUUUCAUUCCCAGAAGAAAUCUGUCUCAAACUUCUGUUAUUACUUAAUGAGAACAACAAGAUACAACCACCGUCAUUAAGAACUGCAAAUGGCUUCAAUGUAAGUUUGAAUUUUGAACUGAGAUACAGUAACUACACAGGGUGUGUCAAGAAACGGUUAUCCAACGUUGAUUAGAAACGAAUAUUCAGACAACACGAUACAUUACGGACGCGUAUGUUGUAAAUGGCUUGUGAAACGUCUUGAUGAGAACAUUCGUAUUCUUGAACAAUUUAAAAUAAAUGAAUGAUAUUUGGUGAGAAAAUUGAACUUAAAGUUUAUGCAAAUCCGCAUGAUUCUGCAUCAGAUGUACAAACUUCUUCACCCUCAUUCUUUCUUUUGUGUUUUCUUCAUUAAUUAAUAAUGAGUUUUACAAAUAAAUAUAUCAAACAAUUCUACUUUAAUUUUUUGUUUUGGAGUACAUCUACGGAGUCAGCAUUGUAUAUGUCAUUGAAGUUUCAUUACAACCUGUGAGACACUAAUAAGCGUGCUAUAGUUCCAUUUGUGAUAUUGUGUUUGGAUUUAGCGGUAUUAGGUAGAAAUACCUGAACUUAACUUAAAGGGUGUUAGCCAGAAAAAAAACCGUUUUGUCCGUUAAACGUAAAUUGGGAAAGUUUUUUUUUGACCGAUCAAAGUCCUUGUGUAGGAAUAAAUAGUGUUUUUUUCCAACGUGUUUCUCCUUAGAUGCAAACAACGGUAGCUUGGUUUUGUAUAUUUCAUUUCCGGUGAAUGAACGCUGAAAAAUGCACCCGAUGGCACUUUGUUUUGUAUAUUUCAUUUCCGGUGAAUGAACACGGAUGCACACCGAUUACACUUUGUUUUGUACAUUUCAUUUCAGUGAAUACUCACCCAAUAUGAAUGAAACGCGAUACAUUUUGAGAAAAUAAUUAAUGGGAAAAGUGAAUAAAACGUUUUUUGAUAUAAUAAUAUAAAAUCAAACGCAAUGCACUUUCUCAUCAGAAAAAAUGAAAAUCGUCUAGUAGACCCAGUAGGGAAAGCCCCUUAGCUACUUUAAUUGGGAAGAGUCCGUAUGGGCUAGCUAACACCCUGAUUACUAUUAGUUACCCAGUUUGUGGAAACACCAUGUAAAUUUAUUACUGCAAAACUUUCGAUCCGUAAGCCCGAAUCUUCAUCAGUGCUAAUAAUAUGCAUAUUAUUAGCACUGAUGAAGAUCCGGGCUUACGGAUCGAAAGCUUUGCAGUAAUAAAUUUACGUGGUGUUUCCACAAACAAAACCAUCAUGUUGGUUUAAAUUGAUAGUCGUUUUAUAUUUAGGUGAGUUUUUUAAAACUGUGAAAAUCUUGGUGUUUCUCCAUGCAGCUGAGCUACUGACGCUUGAGGAUAGAGAUGACCCUUGAGGAUAUUGAUGCUUGAGGAUAGAGAUGACCCUUGAGGAUAUUGAUGCUUGAGGAUAGAGAUGCUUUCACACUGUCUGGGAAAAGAAGAAGAAAGAAGACGUCGUCAGGUUAGAGUAGCCUGGUGGUCGCUAGGAUCUUAUAGAGAAACGAUUGACACGAUCCAUCGUAUGAACAGCCCCCAAGUGCUACUGCAUUAGAAAAUUUGUAUUUUCUAAUGAGGACUUUGAAGAAAUUAGUACACUUUUGGCCACCAGGAAAUAUUCUUAGAUCAUUAAUAUGUGUCUUAUCCCAUGGUGUACAAACUGUACCCAUAAUGCUCGCAAGUGUACAUGCGUGUACCUAUAGUACAUGUUGAUGGCAUGGUUUAUCCAUUGCUUCAUCAAUUUGUUCACAUAUAAUAUGAAAAGGGGACAGUUAUUAACUGGCGCAGCCUCGUGGACUACACACGAGAUUGCACGCGAUAUUGCACGCGAGACUACACGCAGUCACGAAAAAUGGCGGCUGGGAGCCUAUAGGAAUAUAUGUUGUCAUUUUAAGAAUGAAAUAGACAAUAAUGAGAGUUUUGAACAAUAUAAACAUCGCCCUUGAAAAGCCAGCUUAAUGAGCUUAUCAAAUUAUAAUAAGUGAU